AUGCAAGCGGCAAAAGGCACCAAGGGGGACGUUCCUCAUUGGACCAACUGUAAAUGUUGUGAGGGUAGUGGAUGUAUAUACGGAGACGCGGAGGUAGCAGCGAUCUGGAAGGGUCAUCAGGUCGCUUCGUAUACACGAUCGCAUAAAGAUCUGGUUACGCUGCCCUCUGACCAAGUACGUUCCUCGCCAAUCGAUAAUGGAUUUGCCAACUCAGACUUUGCAGCGACCCUGGAGAAAAUCCUCGGAGUCAAAAUCGCGUUUAUGCGACCUCCACUCAGCAGUUCCAACGAUAACGUCUUGCAAACUCUGCGAUCCACCGUGGCUAAGCGGCCUAACACGAUCUUGACUCUGAACCAUGAGACUGUUGAAACUACUAGCACCGCCGUUCUCCCGCAUGCUUUCGAGGUCUUACAAGGCGCAGGCUACAAUCUCGUGAUUAUUGCUGAGUAUCUUGGCUUGCCGCGUUGGAACGCUUGGUGCUAUGAAAGAUCGAGUUGUCUUCUCCAAGUACCAUCAUGCAUUGGGAAGAUCGCAAGCCGUUAUCGCAUUUCAUUGCAUAUUCCGCCUCAAACCCACCUUCAAGCCAAGGAGAAGAUAGCAGAAUUGCCUUGCCUCUAUCAUCUCUCCAUACCUCUCCAGUCAUUCCAAAUCGUGAUGCGGCUCUACGCCAAUCGUUAA